AUGGCAGUAUCAACUAACAACACGAGUUCAAAGACUCUAAAAAUGUCAACAUCAGGUAAAUUUGCAAGACCAGCAACAACACCAAGGCCAACUUCUAUUGCAGGAACAAGUAAUUUGUUUGUUAAGACAAGGCCGAACACAGUUGUCCGUGCUGAUCUCAUUAAAAACAAGGCGACAACGAAGAGGACAGAAUCCGUAAGUUCUGCCGGCAGAGCAAAGGACGACAAAGCUGGUAAGAAGCCAAAUCAAACCUUCAAGACGAAGCUGGUCAAUAAACACUGUACCUUUUAUCACAAAUAUGGUCGAUGCAAAGAAGGCGACUUUUGCGCUUACAAGCAUGAUCCAAGUCGAGUUGAGGUCUGCAAAUUGUGGCUCAAAGGAACCGAAUGCACAUUGAACAGCAAAUGCCCACUCCAACACGUCGAAUCUGCACACCUGAUCCCGCACUGUCGACACUUUUGUAAAGGCAUGUGCCUUAAAGAUGAUUGUCACUACACUCAUGUGAAGGUUAGUAAGCGGGCACCACACUGCAAAGACUUCAUGGUGGGUCGAUAUUGUCCGGCAGGAACAAGUUGUCGCAAGAAGCACGAGUGGGGUCUCUACGAAGAGACCGAAAGUGAAGCCGACAAGAAACGCGUUCGAGACUCUUUUGAAGAGGACGCUGAACGUGAAAAAAUCAAGAAACUUCGUGAAGAAAUGGCGAAAGGUGUAAACCCCUUUACGGCAGGAUGGACAUUUAUUCCAAUUGAUGAUGAUGACUGA